AUGCGCAUUCUCUCUCUUACGUCCUUUCUCUCGCGCACUCUCACGCACAUUCUCUCUCUCAAACGCCCUCUCACGCGCACCCUCACACGCUCCCUCACACGCUCUCACACGCGCUCUCUCACGCGCUCUCACACGCGUUCUCUCACCCGCUCUCUCAUGCGCACUCUCACGCGCUCUCUCACGCUCCCUCACGCGCUCCCUCGCGCACUCUCAGGCACACUCUCACGCACUCCCUCUCGCGCUCUCUCUCGCGCACUCUCACCACAUUCUCUCUCUCGCGGACUAUCACACGCAUUCUCUCUCUCGCGCUCUCACGCGCACUUACACAAGCUCCCUCACGCGCUCUCUCAUGCUCACUCUCACGCGCACUUUCACGCACUCUCUCAUGUGCUCUCUCACGCGCUCUCACGCGCGUGCUCUCUUGCGCUCUCACGCGCUCUCUUGCGCUCUCUCACGCGCUCUCUCUCACGCGCUCUCUCACGCGCUCUCUCACGCGCUCUCUCACGCGCUCUCUCAUGCGCUCUCUCACGCGCUCUCUCACGCGCUCUAUCAAGGCGCACUCUUAGGGGCACUCUCAGGCGCUCUCUUUCGCGCUCUUUUUCCCGCACGCACACGCGCAUUCUCUCUCUUACCUCCUUUCUCUCGUGCACUCUCACACACAUUCUCUCUCUCAAACGCUCUCUCACGCGCAUUCUCUCUCUUACGCACUCCCUCUCGCGCUCUCUCUCGCGCACUCUCACCACAUUCCCUCUCUCGCGGACUAUCACACGCAUUCUCUCUCUCGCGCUCUCACGCGCACUCACACACACUCCCUCACGCGCUCUCUCAUGCUCACUCUCACGCGCACUUUCACGCACUCUCUCAUGUGCUCUCUCACGCGCUCUCUCACGCGCUCUCAUGCGCCCUGUCGUGCUCUCUCACGCACUCUCUCAAGGCGCACUCUCAGGCACACUCUCACGCACUCUCUCUCUCUCGCGCUCUCUCUCUCGCAUUCUCACCGCGUUCUCUCCCUCUCACGCGCUCUCUCACGCGCACCCUCACGCGCUCUCUCACGCGCUCUCUCACGCGCUCUCUCACGCGCUCUCUCACGCACUCUCAUAUGCGCACACGCUCUCCCUCGCACUCCAUCUCUUUCUUCUUCAAAUGAAAACGCCGGGGAGGGAAGGAGAGGCGACGCCGGGGAGUGGGGAGAGGCGACCGCGGGGAGGAGCGAGAGGCGACGGCGGGGAGGAGGGAGAGGCGACCGUGGGGAGGAGGGAAAGGCGACGGCGGGGAGGAGGAGAGGCGACGGCGGGGAAGGAGGAGAUGCGAGGGCGGGGAGGAGGAGAGGCGACGGCGGGGAGGAGGAGAGGCGAUGGCGGGAAGGAGGGAGGCGACGGCGGGGAGGAGGGAGAGGCGACGGUGGGGGGAGAUGCGACGAUGGGGAGGAGAAUAGGCGACGGCGGGGAGGAGGGAGGCGACGGCGAGGAGGAGGGAGGCGACGGCGGGGAGGUAAGGGAGAGGAGAUGGCGGGGUGGAUGGGACGGAGUGAUUGUGAGGUGGGUUGGAGAGGUGUCAGCGGGUAGUGAGGGAGAGGAUACGGCUGGAUGGAGCGAGAGCGACGGCUAG